AUGUAUCCAUCAACAAUAAAGUAUACAAUUGAAAUUGGCAACUAUCCAUUCCAAAGCUCUCUAACUUCGCUUCAAUUGGUAAUGUCAGCAUUAUUACAAUCAAACACGACAGAUAAUAUUUGCUCAGCAAAAGAAUUUGGGGAAACUACAUCGGGCGACAAUUCAAAUUAUCUCAAGAUUCAAGUCGAUGAUCAUUCACUAUAUGGUAGAUUCAUUAAAAGAGGUUUUAUAGAUUCCACAAUAAAAUCAGUUUCAAAUAUUUUGUUAGACAAGGAUAUGAAUCCAAUCACAUCAACCCAAACACUACAGUCAUAUAUAGGUAUUCAAAUUGACCCUGAUUUUUCAGUUCUAUUGGACUCAUCUAGCGCCUCAUCUAAAACCAAUUCAAUUUGCUUAAGAAAAUCAAAAUUAACAGGCUCUCAAAUUGCAGUAUUGUUAUAG